GCCUCCGCCCGUUUGCCCUAUCGCCCUUAUUCGUCAUCUAUCUGAGGAACGGCGCCUGCAGUCCGCUAGGUUUUAUUUCCCAUCGCGCCGAGAAUUCGCUCUGGGAAAAGCGAAUUGAAAUCCCUUCUCCAAAUCGUUCCAUCUUCAAAUCGCGGUAUAAACCCCAAGUAGGAAAGGGGAAGGUCUUGUAGGUAGAGAAGAGGCCCAUGGAGGUCGCCGACGAGAUGCCGAUCACCGUUAGUGGCGUAGAUGAGGAAGAGGAGGAGGUAGAACAAGAGGUGGAGGUGGAGGAGGAGAUAGAGGAGGAGGUCGAGGAACAAGAAGCAGAGGGAGGCAGAGGUGGAGACGGAGAAGUAGAGGAAGGAGGGGGAGAGGAAGGAGGAGGAGGAGGAGCUGAGUCUCCUGGAAGGGGGAUAGAAAUGGUAGAUAGUGCUGGCGAGGAGAUAAAGCAGCCGGAUAGCAGUUCCUCUUCUUCAGGAAAAAUCUUCGUUGGAGGAGUCGCGUGGGACACAACCGAAGAGACAUUCACUAGGCAUUUUGAGAAGUAUGGGGAGAUCACAGACUCUGUGAUAAUGAAGGAUAAGCAUACACAUAUGCCUAGAGGAUUUGGGUUUGUAACAUUUGCUGACCCUUCUGUUAUUGACAAGGUUUUAGAGGAUGAGCAUGCUAUUGAUGGGAGAACGGUAGAAGUCAAAAGGACAGUCCCACGAGAAGAGAUGCCUUCCAAAGCAGGGCUUAAGACAAAGAAGAUAUUUGUUGGUGGAAUUCCUCCAUCUUUAACCGAAGAUGAGUUGAAGGAGCACUUUGCCUCAUACGGUGAAGUGGUUGAGCGCCAGAUAAUGCUUGACCAUAGUACUGGGCGUUCACGAGGCUUUGGUUUUGUGACCUUUGAAAAUGAGGAAGCAGUCGAAAAGAUCAUUUCGGAAGGUAGAAUGCAUGAUCUCGGAGGGAAGCAGGUUGAAAUUAAGAGGGCUGAACCAAAGAAAGCUGGUGGAGAUCCAGGAAUCAAUGGGAGGGGUGCUCGUGGCACCGGUGGUGGCAGUAUACGUGGUAACUAUCGAGGUGGCACUUACGGAUAUGGAGGUGGUUAUCGAUCUGGUGGUGUCUAUUAUGGUGGAAGUUAUGGUUAUGGCAGAGGCUAUAGCUAUGGUGCGGUCCCCAGCUUCGGUGCGGGCUUCAGCUCUAGUUAUGGCGGACCCAUGUAUGGAAAUGGUGGAUACGGUAGUGGUACUGCAUACGGUGGUUCAGCUGGGUAUAAUGGAGUGUACGGUGGUUAUGGUGCUGGCCGGGGAUAUGGGAGCAGAUACCACCCCUAUGGAAAAUGACAUCUUGAAUGCAAUUAUGUUAACCGACUUUUACUAAAUUUGUUGUGCAAUCCACACCUGUCAGUCGCUGAAAUUAACCAGUACUGUUUUUCAUUCUAAAUUCAUAUGUUUUUUUCGAAAUGUAUCUUAAAUUCAUAUGUUGCCGCCAUAGAACGAAUCGUUAUCAUUUCUUUUUUCAGCCUAUCCACAAAAUGUAAUUUUUCAGCGUCUCUUGGGGCCUUUCUUUACUGUUUUUUGCUUGCAUAGGUGGAUGGAACUCUUCUUCAGGGCUACAGACUAUUGUGUGAUUGAGUUAUCAUGUACGCUUAGCAUUAUGACACGUAUCCUUUAAGACCAUCAUGAUAUACAUGAGUAUAUAUAUAUUGUGAAUCAUGACA